AUGGUCUUGGAAGUGGUCUAUGCCGCGGCCUCUCAGAUUAUACCGUCUGGCUACACUGUUCACCUCUGCGUUGCUGCCGUUGCACUCGUAAUCAUCUAUGCAUUUGCCCAGGGUCGCUCCACGACCCGCGAGCGGGACCUGCAUGCCCGCGUUGUCGUCGUUACGGGUGCCUUUACGCCCCUUGGUUUAACAUUAUUGACCGCGCUUGCGAGCCGCGGUGCGCAUGUCAUCGCCAUCUCCGACUACCCGCUCGACCAUGCAUACCCGUCGCUCAUCAUUCCCCUCCUGCGCUCCACCACGAACAACGAGAACAUCUUCGCCGAGCACGCAGACCUCUCGGAUCCCUCGUCCAUCCGUGGGUUCUGCACCCGGUUCUUGACUGGACAGGACCAGCGCCUGGAUGCGAUCGUCUUCGGGCACGAGUACCACACAAUCGGCUCGCUGCUGCGUCGUGCGCGUCCGGCAGACAGGCUCGCGGAGAAGCGCGAGACGGCAUCGCUGGCCACGUUCCUCAUGAUGACGCUGCUGCUCCCGGCGCUGCUGGUCGAGCCUGCGGAGCGGGACAUCCGCAUCGUCAACAUCGUCAACCCGUUCUACGCGGCCUCGAUCCCUGCGUUCACUGCGCAGCUCGCCGCGGCGGCCGGCUCGCCUGCGCAAGCGGCUGCUCUGGUGGACGAAGGCUCCCGCGCUCUGCGCACGGCGGUCCUAACGCACCAUCUGCAGCGCGUGCUCGACUCCCUACCUAAUCGGGGCCCAAGCACGGGUCCAGAGCAAGAUGCGGGGAAGAACAAGGCAGCCCCGGCCGCCAAGACCGGCCAGGAGCCGAACCGACUGGAAAUGCAUCCGUCGAACAUCAUUGCGGUGUCAGUCUGUCCAGGCAUCAGCCGCAAGGACACCAUCGUGCCGCUGCUAGGCGCAGAAAGAGAUGCUGCGGAGGGAUGGUCGCUCCUCGGGCUCAUGUUUUAUGUCGUCUUCUUCCCCAUUCUGUUCCUAUUUACGAAAUCGCCAAGCUCCGCCUUGCAAUCUGUCCUGCAUGUGCUGUUCUUACCGACUCCGCUGAAGCGCGCCUUCGCACACAUCGAUGCUACAAUCAACCCAGCGCCUACACCAGAAAGCACCGACGAGAAGCCCGCGCCAAAACCUACUGUGGUCUAUGAGGAGGUGCUGAAACCAGGCGCACUAUACCGGGAAUGUGCCGUUGCCCAGCUCAAUAUCCCUCCACUGCCUUCACCGCCAGAGGACACGAAGAGCGACGAGAAAGCGCGGGCGGAUGGCAAGGGGAAGGGGAAGGAACGGGCAAGCAUGCCGGACGCCACAUUCCCAGACGACGGUGAGUUCGGAGGGGAGGCGGUCGGGAGAGCAGUCUGGGAGUGGUACGAAGAGCACCUGAAGGCGUGGGAUAUGCACUCGAAGACAGAUGAGGGGCAGACGAAGCGAGAAGAGGCGCAGGAAGCGAAGGGGGAA